AGCAUCUGCGCUGCUAGAUCUUGUACCCUGCCUUUCAUCAUCUACAAAGGACGCGUUCACAUCUCUGCCUGGUACAAGGAGGCAGAUAUACCACGCAAUUGGAAGCUCUCCGUCUCUGAGAGCGGCUGGACGAACAACGCGCUCGGCCUUGAGUGGCUGAAGCACUUCGACGCGCAUACAAAGGCAAGCCAGGACUACUGCAAGGAGAACAAGAUUAUCACUCUCUGCAUGCCACCACACUCAUUGCACCUCCUGCAGCCUCUUAACAUUGUCCCAUACUCGCUGUUGAAGCGCCACUACAGUAACAGGAUCUUGCUCUUAGCACGCAGCCACAUCUACUAUAUUAACAAAGAAACCUUCCUACUAGCCUUUAAAGUAGCUUUUAAGAGGACAUUUACACUAGAGAAUGUUUGCGCAGGGUUUUAA